UAGCGCUUGGAUGGAUCUCGUUUUCCUCUUGCCAAAAAGCGAAAUUCCAAGUAAAAUUUAGGAGAUUUCCCAGAAAUUAUUUCUCAACAAUUUACACGAAUUUUGUAGCGAAAAUUUGCCUGAUGAUGCUGAAAUUUGCGCGAGCUGUGAAGCCGAUAUUUCAGCAUUAAUGACAAGGCAUCAUCAACUCCUCUUUCGCCCUUCACUCACAAGAUGGGCGCCAGACUGAAGGAAUACUUUCCCUACCGGAAAAUCGCUAUAGGCUCAUGACGAGCACAUUUUACGCGAAAAAUUAGUCAGUUUGGUUUGAGUGGCAUGGUAAGCGGCGAGAAUGACGCGAUACGCUCUAAUAGCUCUCGUGAUGUUGAGUUGCCACCGCGCAUCAGUCGAUGGAGAUGAAACGUCAAGAGUGCGGGUGAGACUUCAGAACGAAGGCAGUGAGAAUCAUUAUUCGAACCAAGAAGAAAACUCCGUUGUCAAGGACCAGGGCAAAUGGGCCAUCCUAGGAGUUGAUCAUGAAGAAGGGACGGGACAAAACCUUGUCGCCAGAGGUACGUCAUCGGAUGGCAAAGAAACUCGUAAUUGGACUGAUCGCAUUCCAACGGGAGGAUUCUUCAUAACCUCUCCGAAGAAGUGCCAAAACCGAUGCUCGCGGAUAUUCGGCUACUGGGAGGACCCAGCGGAAGAAAACCUGCUGAACCAGCCGAAAAUUGCCUCUGUCGGGAAAAUUUACUUCGGAGUUAAAUGUUCCUGCUUCGUGGACAAACGACUCAAGUCUCUCAUCACCGAAAGGUACGGCCCGAAUACCGCCAAGUAUUACACGUGGCUCUGUCGCUUUCGGCUGUUUGGAUUGAAGUAUCGCAAGUAUUUCAACAAGGGGGACAAAGCUAUCACAUUCGUUGGAUCUAGUGAGCUGAAAGAUUACAUUAAAAGGAAGCAAGACGAAUGGACCAAAAUGAGAGAAGCCCAGGAAACGUUGGCUGCCCUGCCGGAUUAUUCCAACACGAGAAGGAAGUGAAGCGGGCACAUAUGCGAUUUUGUACGUUGGGAACACUGUUUUUCCUCAAUUUAAAUCCAUUGAAAAUAUUGGCAGGCAAACUGCCUCACCAAGAAUCGAUCGUUUUACAUACAUUUAGAUGGAGGAAAUACAGAGUUGCCGACUUCCAAGAAUCACCACUGGGAGUGGGUGAGAUUAUUAGCGGGGUAGAUUGAGAUCCUUCACCAAUAUCACAGUAAUAGUGAAUACUUUUACUUUCAGAGUUUGUGUGCUUCCUCAUUUAGCUACUCAAAAUAAAUUGGUGUUUAAUAUUGAUUCA